AUGGCGCGGACCUUGCAGACCGCCAGAGUAUCGACCGGUGGGAAAGCAUCGCGGAAACAAAUAAAAACUCCAAUAGCAGGGGGUCCAGCAAGUAAGGCUAAGUGCAAAUCAACCGCUGCUCAAGAUGAAUCCAGCCUGUCGAGCAUACAAGAAGUUGAAGAUACGACGAUCUAUGUUUCUCACGCCGAGUUUAUACCUAGACAACGAAAACGACGCUCAAGGCAUCCGCCUGAACCUUCAAGCUCGUCGUUGCCGGCCCGUAGAUCGACUCGAAUACGGGACGCAGCAAAGAAGAAGGCUUCUGGAGCACAAUACUCAGGUACUAGGGUAACGAGCUCGGCUUCCGAAUCCUGCGGCACUGCCAUAAACAGUACGAUUGAACAACCGUUUUAUCCCGUGGGCAACGACCGGCCCCGCCCAUUCCUACCCUUUGCGCGGUUCGACAAUGACCCAGAGUUACUCAGCAGUAUACAGGACUUGAACGUGCCGCUUUUGGAGAAUGCAGUCUGGCAGCCAAAUAGCAACGGUGAAGGGUUGCGAGGCGGGUUCGGCUACGUUGAGAAGGCUUCAUGGAAUAAACAAGAUGUCGCUGUAAAGUUCCUAAAGAGUUCUCAGACAGUUUCCGGCGCGACUAGAGGAAAAAAGUCAUUUCGUCGAGAGCUUAGUGCCUGGAGAAAGCUUGCGCAUCCUAAUAUCCUACCAUUCCUUGGGGUGGUGGUGGUAGAUAAGAUGUACUUGGGAAUGGUGUCGCCCUACAUGCCAAAUGGGUCUGCACCCAAAUAUAUCAGCGAAAACCCGGAUGCCGACGUGCUUCAAAUUCUGCAUGAUGUGGCGGAAGGAAUGAGCCAUCUUGCGGGGCAGAAACCACCAAUUGCGCAUGGGGACCUAAAAGGAGCGAACGUGCUGGUCGACCAAGGAGGUCGUGCGUGCAUCUGUGACUUUGGUCUAUCACGAUUCAUGAAGGACUUCAUGUCGAUUGAUACGACUUUUGGCGGCACUAUCCGGUGGAUGGCACCCGAACAGCUUCGUGCCGAAACAAUGAUAGUAUCCCUUCCUGCGGAUAUCUUCUCGUGGGGAAUGCUCUCACUCGAAGUGGGUUGGUUCCUCAAUAUAUCAAGCACCGUUGACAACUUUGAUACCAAUAGUUAA